AUCAUCAGUUAGUCGUUCUACCGUGAGUGAACAACUAUCAGUUUAUUCUAGUGGUGCAUUUGUGUUUAACUUGUGUUUAAAAUAUCUAGUAUGAUGAAAAUACGCUUUGUAGUGUUGGCGUCGCUCGCGACAUUAGCACUCGCAAGACCCGAAGCUGGAUACUCUUACAGCUCACCGUCCUCGUCAGGUGGCUACUCUUCUGGAAGCACCGGCCUGAGCUUCUUGGGCGGCGGUGGUGGUGGUGGUUACUCAAGCGGUGGCUCCGGUGGUUAUGCUAGCGGCAGCUCCGGUUACUCCAGUGGUCCAAUUAGCUCCGGUGCAUACUCUAGCGGCGGUAGUUCCGGUGGAUAUUCCAGCGGUGGUAGUUCCGGUGGAUAUUCCAGCGGUGGUAGUUCCGGUGGAUAUUCCAGCGGUGGUAGUAUCGGUGGAUACUCCAGCGGUGGUAGUAUCGGUGGAUACUCCAGCGGUGGUUCUGGAUUCUCUAGUGGCCCAGUCAGCUCCGGAUACUCCGGUGGUAGCUCCGGAUACGCGAGUGGAUCUGGUUCCGGAUACUCAUCGGGCUACAACUAUGCCCCGGCCGCUCCAGUCGUCCAGAAACACAUCUACGUCCAUGUUCCACCACCAGAACAAGAAUACGUUGCACCCCCACAAGUCCAUCAGGUCGCUCCACCCCAGAAACACUACAAAAUCAUCUUCAUCAAGGCCCCAACCCCACCAACCCCAACUGCUCCGAUCAUACCACAAGUGCAACAAGACUCCGAGAAGACCUUGAUCUACGUUUUGGUCAAGAGGCCCGAAGACCAACCACAAAUCUCCAUCCCAACACCAGCACCAACUGCCCCAUCCAAACCGGAAGUAUACUUCAUCAAAUACAAGACCCAAAAGGAAGCCGGCGGUUACGCUGCCAGCUCUGGCUCGUCCAGUUACAGCGGACCCACAUCAGCAGGUGGCUACAGCGGUGACUCAGUUGGACAUUCCGGUAUCUCAUCUCUGUCCUCCAGUGGCCCAGGAUCCAGUUACGGAGCCCCGAGCGCCAGCCCAUCAUCCAGUUAUGGUGCCCCAAGUUCCAGUGGAUCUUACUAGGGUGCUCAAUAUGAACAUGGUUUUAUAAUUUUGUCGUCCUUACGUACACGCUUCGCGCCGGUGGCCGCGGGAAACCGUUGAUUGUUACUUUUCCACGGUCAGUGAAUAUUUCAAGAAGCGUGGCCACCCUCUACUCCCAACUUUCCCCCCAAACGUCCUCUCCCCCGUCCCUCCUUAAUACUACACCCCUAGACUCAAUUCCGGUGCUCCUCCCUCCCAAAAAUGCAAUUGUAACAUAUUAUAUAACAUCCAUGUAAACUA